ACCCCACCAUUGAAACCCUUUAAAAGCCCUUCUCCUCUCUCCCCUCCUUCCUCGCUCCAUUUUCUCUUCCCAUCUCAUCUUCCAUUAACACAACUUCUCGAUCUCAGUUUGGGAGGAGAUGGCGGGAAACUGCGACGGAGGGUUCAGCUUUCCGAAAGGACCGGCGAUGCCGAAGAUAACGACGGGGCCGAAGAGAGAUAACGGGAUAUGCCACGACGACAGCGGUCCGACCGUGAAGGCUCAGACCAUCGACGAGCUUCACUCCCUCCAGAAGAAGCGGUCGGCUCCGACCACUCCCAUCGACACCUCCCAAGGUGUCUUCGCCGCCAUGUCCGAAGAGGAACGCCAGAAGGCGCAGCUCCAAUCCAUCAGUGCAUCGUUGGCGUCAUUGACGAGAGAGACAGGUCCGAAGGUGGUGAGAGGAGAUCCGGCGAAGAAGACGGAGGGUGCCACUCCUGUCGCCCAUGUUCCUCAUACCCACUUCUUCUCUCCCACCAUUGCCGUCAGUGACAGUUCCUUGAAGUUCACUCACGUUCUCUACAAUCUCUCUCCCGCCGAGCUUUACGAGCAGGCGAUUAAGUAUGAGAAAGGGUCGUUUAUCACUUCGAGCGGCGCUUUGGCGACGCUGUCCGGUGCGAAGACCGGCCGGGCUCCGAGGGAUAAGCGUGUCGUUAGGGACGAGACGACUGAGAAGGAUCUUUGGUGGGGCAUGGGCUCGCCGAAUAUCGAAAUGGAUGAGCAUACCUUCAUGGUGAACAGAGAAAGAGCUGUCGACUACUUGAACUCUUUGGACAAGGUCUUUGUCAAUGAUCAAUUCUUGAACUGGGAUCCAGAGAACAGAAUCAAAGUCAGGAUCGUCUCAGCCAGGGCUUAUCAUUCACUGUUCAUGCACAACAUGUGUAUCCGACCCACUCCCGAAGAGCUGGAGAACUUUGGUACUCCGGACUUCACAAUUUACAAUGCUGGACAAUUCCCGUGUAAUCGUUACACUCAUUACAUGACAUCAUCCACUAGCGUAGACAUUAAUCUCGCUAGAAGGGAAAUGGUUAUACUCGGCACCCAGUAUGCCGGGGAAAUGAAGAAGGGUCUUUUCGGUGUGAUGCAUUACCUUAUGCCUAAGCGUCGAAUUCUCUCCCUUCAUUCUGGAUGCAAUAUGGGAAAAGAUGGAGAUGUUGCCCUCUUCUUUGGACUUUCAGGUACCGGGAAGACAACCCUCUCCACUGAUCACAACAGGUAUCUGAUUGGAGAUGACGAGCACUGCUGGACUGAGACUGGUGUUUCGAACAUUGAGGGUGGAUGCUAUGCUAAGUGCAUUGAUCUUUCAAGAGAAAAGGAACCUGAUAUCUGGAACGCCAUCAAGUUUGGAACUGUGUUGGAAAAUGUUGUUUUUGAUGAGCACACCCGAGAAGUGGACUAUACUGACAAAUCUGUUACAGAGAACACCCGUGCCGCCUAUCCAAUUGAGUACAUCCCUAAUGCGAAGAUACCAUGUGUCGGUCCGCACCCGAAAAAUGUGAUACUUCUAGCAUGUGAUGCCUUUGGUGUGCUCCCACCUGUGAGCAAGCUGAAUCUGGCACAAACCAUGUACCAUUUCAUCAGUGGUUACACUGCUCUGGUUGCUGGAACAGAGGAUGGGAUCAAGGAGCCAACAGCGACGUUCUCCGCUUGCUUUGGGGCAGCAUUUAUAAUGCUGCAUCCGACAAAAUACGCGGCCAUGUUGGCUGAGAAGAUGGAGAAGCAUGGUGCUACCGGAUGGCUUGUGAACACUGGCUGGUCUGGUGGCAGCUAUGGGGUUGGUAGCCGAAUCAAGCUGGCUUACACUCGGAAGAUCAUCGACGCCAUCCAUUCAGGCAGCCUCCUGAAUGCAAACUACAAGAAAACUGAGAUCUUUGGUCUUGAAAUCCCAACUGAGAUAGAGGGAGUUCCCUCAGAGAUCCUUGAUCCCAUCAAUGCUUGGGGGGACAAGAAGGCGUACAAGGAGACGUUGCUGAAACUGGGGGGACUGUUCAGGAAGAACUUCGGGACAUUUGCCAGCCACAAGAUCGGCGUGGACGGUAAGCUGACUGAGGAGAUUCUCGCCGCUGGUCCCAUCUUCUAAGCCGGUCAAUUAAAAAAUGAUAUCAUAUGAUGGCGAAAAAAUAAAAAUUUAAAUUACAAAAAAAAAACGAUUCUGCCGUGUAACGACAAGUACUCCAUUUGUUAUUUCGGGGGUAAUAUGGGGAGUUUUGUUAUAUUCACUUUCUCUUCCAUUAAGUUCUA